CAUUUUGUGAGAGAAGCAGUCGCUGCUGCCUCCGCGUCCGCGCCGCGCUCGCCGCCCCGGCUCCCUGCCGUCGCUCCGGACUUGCGGUUUGUUUUUUUCUCUUCUCCCUGCAGAUCCUGUGAGACGUGACCCGGGCGCACCCAGCCGCGGCCUUCUCCCCUGCUCAGCGCCCCGCCACUGAAUCGCAUGUCCACUAUCCAGAACCUCCAAUCCUUCGACCCCUUUGCUGAUGCAACUAAGGGUGACGACUUACUCCCGGCAGGGACUGAGGAUUACAUUCAUAUAAGGAUCCAGCAACGAAACGGCAGGAAGACGUUAACUACUGUUCAGGGAAUUGCAGAUGAUUAUGACAAAAAAAAACUUGUGAAAGCUUUCAAAAAGAAAUUUGCUUGUAAUGGUACUGUGAUUGAGCAUCCUGAGUACGGUGAAGUUAUCCAGCUUCAAGGUGACCAGAGAAAGAACAUUUGCCAAUUCCUCUUAGAGGUUGGCAUCGUCAAGGAGGAACAGCUGAAAGUUCAUGGUUUUUAAAAUGUGUAUAAUCACAUGAAGAAUUCUGCAGUUUUUGUUCAUACUCACGCUGGCUAAACUGUGAAAUAUGAGUCUUUUCAGUAAAUGGACUUCCCACUUACCUAAGCAUUUAAAGAUUUAUUCACAUUUGCAUGAUUACAGAAAACAUGUGGUGUGUAGACUAGAAACACACAAAAAAAUUGCAGUAAGAUGGUAAUGAAGACCUUUGUGAAUUUUUAACACAUUUCCAAUGGAAAUGUUUUAGUGCUGAUUGUUGAGUUUAUUACUUUUCACCUGACUUAAAUGUUUUUGUUGUAUUAAAACCAUGUAUGUUGCAGCUUAAAAAUUAAGU